AUGAAGCAUAUGAAGCUUGGUUCCAAGCCGGAUGUCUUUCAGACAGAGGGCAGCAAUAUCAGGUUUGUUGCAACAGAGCUGGCAACAGACAUCGUUAUCUCCAUAGGAGAUGUCAAGUUUUAUCUUCACAAGUUCCCUCUUUUGUCAAAGAGUUCACGGUUGCAAAGAUUAGUAGCUUCAAGUAACGAGGAAAGCGACGAUGAAGUGAAUAUAUCUGACAUUCCUGGUGGUUCUUCUGCAUUUGAAAUUUGUGCCAAGUUCUGCUACGGCAUGAUUGUAACACUCAAUGCAUAUAAUGUUCUUGCUGCUCGUUGCGCAGCUGAGUACCUAGAAAUGUUUGAGACCAUUGACAAAGGAAAUCUUAUCUACAAAAUUGACGUGUUCUUGACAUCGAGCAUUUUUCGCACCUGGAAAGACUCAAUCAUAGUUCUGCAAAGUACGAAGUCAUUGCUGCCAUGGUCUGAGAAUUUGAAGGUAAUCAACCACUGCAUUGAUUCUAUUGCAUCGAAGGCGUCAAUUGAUCCGUCAGAGGUUGAGUGGUCAUACACCUACAACAGAAAAAAGCUCCAAUCCGAGAAUGGUGUUGAUUCUCACUGGAAUGGAGUCAGGAUGCAACAGAUGGUCCCUAAGGACUGGUGGGUUGAGGACCUUUCUGAACUUGAAAUGGAUUUGUACAAGCGUGUGCUCCUAACAAUCAAGGCAAAGGGAAGAACACCUGCUGUAGUUAUUGGAGAAGCACUAAGAGUCUAUGCAUUCCGACGGCUGUUUGGUUCCCUUGAAGAUGCCGUGAGCAAUGGAAUUGAUUGCACAAAACGUCGUGCAGUUCUCGAAAGCAUUGUAUUUCUGCUGCCCACUGAAAAAGGUUCAGUGUCAUGUGGUUUUCUUCUCAAGUUACUAAAUGCUGCAUGCUUGCUGGAAUCUGGUGAGUCUUAUCGUGAUAACUUGGUAAAGAGAAUAGGCACCCAACUGGAUGGUGCUUCAGUUCCAGACCUUCUUAUACCAGCAACCAGUGCUGAAAAUGGCGUGUAUAAUGUCGACCUGAUCAUGGCAAUAGUAGAGCAGUUCAUGUCACAUCAUAGUGAUAAUGGUAAAAUGACUUUUCAAGAUGAUGAUGAAAUUGUGGAAGUCGAGAAGUUUGCUUCUGUUUCCAGCACGUCAAAGCUGGCAGUUGCAAAGCUGAUCGAUGAAUAUCUUGGUGAGAUCGCUAAAGACCCUAACCUGCCUGUUCUGAAGUUCAUUGCACUUGCUGAAAUGGUGUCUGCCUCGUCCCGACAAAUGCAUGACGAACUAUACCAUGCCAUCGACAUGUAUCUAAAGGAGCACCCCAGCCUAUCAAAGAGCGAAAAGAAGAGAUUAUGUGGAUUGAUGGACUGCAAGAAGCUGUCCCAGGAGGCCUGCAUGCACGUGGUGCAGAAUGAACGGCUUCCUCUGCGUGUGGUUGUGCAAGUUCUCUUCUUUGAGCAAGUCCGAGCAUCAGACGCUUCUGCCAGGAGUGACUCUGGAGCCGACCUUUCAUCUGCUGUUCAUUCGCUUCUUCCCAGAGAGAAUGGCAACUCGUACGGCAGCUCCAGGUCAGCGGCCACAACAACAACGGAAGAGGAAGGUAGUGGAGUCCCGACAUCCAGCGACAUCAAUUCUUUCAGGUCGAUGCGGCUCGCCAACAACUGCGGUGGCAGCGAGAGGAGCAGCACCAGCAGCGACAUCAACAAGAACGGCGAAGACAAGAGCACCACCACCGGCAAGGCGAAAGUGAUGCUGAUGCCGAAGAUGCUAAGCAAGCUCUGGUCUGGGAAGGCGCACGUCGGUGAGAACAGUAGCUCGGACACGUCGGAGAGCCCUGGAUCCGCGAACCCGGAGGAGGUGAAGUCCACGCCGUCACGGAACACGAGGCAAUCGACGUCCUAG